CUCUAUGUCCUCACACUCUUCCCUCUUCUGUUCUUUCUCUCCCAAGUCCCAACUCUUUCGAGCGGAAGCCGGCACCUAACCCAGAAAGCUAGAAAAGAUGUUUGGCCAUUAACGGAGUCUCUCUCGGUCUACAAAAUGCUUCUCUCCUCAUCUGCUCUCGUUGACAAAAUGAACAACUGAACAUCAGUUGCAAGCUUUUCCCACCCCCAAUCCAUGGCGGCAUCCACUCUUGCUAUCGAUGGCUCUGGCAAGAAAGUGAGGAAACCAUAUACCAUCACCAAGUCCAGGGAGAGCUGGACUGAAGAAGAACACGAUAAAUUUCUCGAAGCUCUGCAACUGUUUGAUCGUGACUGGAAAAAGAUUGAAGAUUUCGUUGGUUCAAAGACAGUAAUUCAGAUACGGAGUCAUGCUCAGAAAUACUUUCUGAAGGUCCAGAAAACUGGUACAAUAGCACAUUUGCCUCCUCCGCGCCCAAAGCGUAAAGCUGCUCAUCCUUAUCCGCAGAAGGCAUCCAAAAAUGCUUUGCCAUUGCAAGCAUCCAUGGCUUAUCCUUCAACAUUGAAUUGUCUCGUACCUGGUUAUUCCCCAUGGGAGGACACAUCCAUGCUUGUAAACACUACAUCAAGUGGUACUGUUCCCGCAGACGAGUACAUCAAUCUUCAUGGUGUUGAAGAUGAUGUUGGAUCAAAGGGAGUUACAAGGACAGGUGACAACAACUUUAGUGGCUUUGGAAGCUCAAUUAGAUCUUUGUCCAGUUGUGACAUACCGAAGCAAGGAAAGCAAGGGUCUCUUCUUCAUGGUAUUCCGGACUUUGCUGAAGUAUAUAGUUUCAUUGGAAGUGUCUUCGACCCUGAUACUAUAGGUCAUGUGCAGAAGCUUAAGGAGAUGGAUCCCAUUAAUUUUGAAACUGUCUUGUUGCUGAUGAGAAACCUGACCGUUAAUUUGUCAAGCCCUGAUUUUGAACCAAUUAGGAAGGUUUUAUCAUCAUAUGAUGGCAGUGCCGAUACUGUAGGGGGUACUUCCAUAGCAGUUGAUGCAAGCAAAAGCAAUGAGUUACCAUGUUGAACUGCUGAGAGAUUUCUGAUUUGUAUGUGUCAUCUCGUGUAACAUAUUCUGUUCUCUUACAUAUGUAAUAUAUUUUGGUUUUCUUGGAAAUAUAUUUGCCUGAAAAACAUGAGCUCAUUUUCAAUGUUGAAGCUCUCUAACCAAUAUAACCAUGUUCCCGUUGUUUACUAGUGUUAA